GCUUGAUCGCAACGCCUGGUGAUUUUCUACUGGUGGCAAAUCGCUAUCACCAAGAAAGUCGUUUGUGAUCAGAGGUCUUUCACGUUUUCGUUAUCUUUGAAACUCCUCUCAAACCGAAAGCAUGAUUUUAAUAUGCUUGCGGUGAUGUCUUCGUGAUCCAGGUCUAGCAUCAGUUGAUAUGAAAAGACGGCGUGAAGAAUUAUAUCGACAUGACAUCGACCUUCCUCCUUCCUUUUCGAUUUGUCCUGUUUGUGGUACAUCUGUAUCAAAAGAGAACAUCGGUAUUCAUGUAGAGGAACAUUUCACACAACCCUCCACAUCAUCUGAGGCGAAUCGACGCGAUGAUUUAGUUCCGGGAAUCUCGGAUGCAGCCGAUUUUCGAGAAUGUAAUUACGGAAGAUGUCAACAGAUAGAUGGCAGAGCCAAGCAAUCUUGCUUAGAGGGACAAUCUGUUGUCACUGGCACGGAGUACAUACCAUUUUCUGCGCCAGAGUGGGAUGAUCACAUGUUUGCACACUCAUUAGAAGAUCAAGCCAUAAAUGAUGCCACUACAAACAGUCUGUUAGGGGUAACAUUUCAACCACAGGACCAGUAUGAAGUACCAGUGAUUUACACACAGAAUGAUACUGCACUGGCUCAAGAACUUGAAAAACAAGAAAUGGAACGACUUGAGAACCAGCCAUCUGAGUGGGAUGAUCAUUUGUUAGCUCAGGCACUGGAAAGUGAACAAAGAAGAGAACAGGAGGAACAAAAACUUCAAGAGGAUGAAGAGCUAAAGAAACUUCAGGCCAUGUAUGGUAUGACUUCCUCUGGGGGUUAUGUUACUCAGUACAGUCGUUCUCUAGAGAGGGAUGUGGCCAGGAAUAAAGCAUCUGUCGGUGAUUACUAUGCCAGGAAAGCCGAAAUGUUGAAAAUUUUAAUGACAGACAAUGAUAGUGGGGAAUCAUGCACCAGAGGCAUCAUUCCUCAACUUCAUCACCGAUAUGACAUGGGAGUCAGUGGUACCAAAGCUGCAUGGCUGGCUCUAGAUACAGAUCAUUAUGCCAGUACUGUGGGUGAUGCUGGCUGGGGGUGUGGCUACAGAAAUCUACAAAUGUUGAUUUCUGCUUUGCUAAAAAUGGAUACCUAUAGACCAGUUAUGUACAGUGUUGGUGAGAAGGUACCAUCUAUACCCAGAAUUCAACAGUUUAUAGAGGCUGCAUGGACAAGUGGAUUCGACAGGCAGGGUUCUGAGCACCUUGGAUGCAAACUGAUCAAUACCAGAAAGUGGAUUGGAGCCACAGAGAUAGCAACUGUCUUGAGAUCACUUCAGAUAAGAGCCAAGAUUCUUGACUUCCACCAAGCCACUGGUUGUGAUGGCACACAUCCUGAAAUGUUUUCAUGGAUAAAGCGUUACUUCAGCUGUAACAUGAACUCUGCAGCAGUCCCUUUGGGUUCGUCAGUUCUCAGACAAACCUCAAUUCCUCCACUUUACCUUCAGCAUCAAGGCCAUAGUCGGCUGGUGAUUGGAGUUGAGGAGCAUUCCGGUAAGGAUGGUGGUCUCUACCUCCUAUUAUUUGAUCCAUCCCAUUCGGCCAAACAGAUGCAGAGCCUCUUGGAAGACAUUCAGAGCAGCAGUUCCGGUUUGCGGCACUUACGACGGUCGCUGAAGCAGAUGAGGUGUAAGCAGUACCAGAUUGUGUAUGUGGAUGGGAUUAUGGACCCCUCAGAAAUGGAACAAAGUAAAACCUUAGACUCUCUUAGAGUACCUUGAGAUAAAGAAGUUGAUUUGCAAGUUGUCUUGAAGAACAAGUUUAAGCAAUUAUUCACAAGUAAACAUCUUGUAGAUCCGGUAGCAGUUUUCUCUUAUUACUUGUGGCAAGUUCUUUAAACUCUAGCAUAGGUGACAGUUUCAAAUAGGAUUAGGAAGAAUAUUUGAAGCCAACGAACUGAAAUAGACUACAAAAUGUGUAGGAAUUGAUAAAACUAAAGGCUUUGUAGUAAUAGCUUUUGAAGCGAUUCUUUUCGGAUUGGUUUACAGAUUAGCUUUGAAACCAUGAAAAAGAUGGCAAAAGAAACUUGCAGAGUUUGCUUGGCUAAAAAAAUGCUAUUACAUGAUAGUAUGGCUAAACAGCUUUCACUGGAAUGUCCACAAAGGGCAUUAUUGAAGCCCAAUAGGAUAACCAAAGACCGGGUUGUAAAAUGUCUAUUUGUUUAUGAAAAUAACUUCAACGGUGCGAGAGUGUAAUUGGAAGGAACAAGUACAUACUAUUAGAUAUAUAUUUAUUGUUGAAAUUGUAUUUUUGGAAAUAGUUAUGUUUCUAUUAUAUGAAGCCAAAGCAAUACAUUUUAUUAUAUUUGUGGAAAGGAUGCGAUAAAAUAAAUGCUUAAAUAAGGGA